GAGCCACAUAAGGGUGCAGCGCUAGGGGUUCGUUCGGCGCAACUUGUGCUUAGACGCUUAAGUCACUGACCAAUAACUACAAUACGUAUGAUGAUUCCCCCGCCGCAGCAGCAAAGCAACUUGCUUGCUUGUCGUCCAUCCAUUUCCUUCCCAAGCGCCAUGCCAUCCCCUCUCCACUCCGGCGAUUGUGAUCACCCAAUUGCGGUUGUACUUGCUUACUGGUUAUAAUCUCGUUGCCUUCCGGUUUCUUGUCCUGGUGGGUGUGGAUGUACUUCUGGAUUUUUUCUGUUUCUCUUUCUUUUUGUUCUACUUUGGUUCUUGAUUUGGUGACUUGGACUCAUUUGGAUGUUGAAGAACUUCAUCUCUGCACACUCACUGUGCUAUACCGCUUAUUGAUGCUUCUCUCCUCCGGGUUGCGAGCGGAGGGUGUGCGCCUCGCCGGUACAUGUAGAUCCCUACGGGACGACCGCAUUUGAGCGACCUGACAAUAUCAUUCGACCCUCGAGAACCUUACUUUUGCUUGGGUGUCAAAGAGCUGAAACGCUCUGCGCACUACGGUAUAGUGUCUGAAGCUGUAGACGAGUUCACGAGUUUGCGAUCUGGAAUCAGAAGCGACCGCCAUCAUGAACAGACAACUGCAGCUGAAUACGUCCAAUCUGGGCUCCAAUCCGAGAUACUCUUAUAUGGAAACUCCGUUAGAGAUGCAUGCUCCAGGAAGCCGACUAAGAGACGAGAUCACACCUCCAGCGGCCACAACGAACACCCAGUCAACAGAAUCACAGACUGUCAUGGAGCACUUUCAACCACCGGUGAAUGAGAAGUCGCAACAAUACCAGCAAGACAUGGCCGUUCAAGGCUAUCCCUGCGGACCAAAUCUCGAACAACAUCCAGCCAACUAUGCGCCGUACGCGGAUGAGAUCCAACAAGUCCAGCAGAAUCCGAAAGUGCCUGAAUACUCUUACGCACAGCCUCCACAAUCCCCGGGCCCUCUUCCAGUCAAAAAAGACCUGGAAAUGUCAGAACCGUUACCAAAUAAACAGCCUAUGGCUGUUGUACCAGACACGAAUCCUUUACAUUCGCCUCAAUUACCCCAGUUUCCCCCUCCAGUCGCCCAUGGGGCGCCAGCGACACCUGCAGGAUUUGACCUUAUGGCAUAUCAUCGGCCGGGUCAAAUAACGCAUCCUGAUCUCGAGAUUAAAGGCGGAUCGUGGCGCACUAGCAUGUGCGGCUGCUAUGAUGUUGGGUCAUGCUGUCUCGGACUACUCUGUCCAUGCAUCCUAUUCGGAAAAACGCAAUAUCGACUUUCUAUGAAGUCAAGGAGUGAAGACCCAACCAAUAUGCUCGGGUAUGAAACGUGUAAUAGUUCCUGCACCGCUAUGGCUCUGGCCUGUGGGUGUCAAUGUUUUCUGGCAACGUUUCAGCGCCGUCGAACGCGAAAAGCCUAUAAGAUCGAAGGGGAUAUUGUCUCCGACUGCGUUCGAGCGACGUGCUGCACAUGCUGUACGCUCAUCCAAAACGAGGUCGAGAUCAAGAAACGGGAAGAAGAACGCGGGAGAUAUGCUAGUGCCACGGGGGCAGCGUUAGUAUCACCAUACCUGCCUCCGACGCAGAUGUCGUACGGACCACCUCCGAGGUGAUGGGACUUCCGUAAGGGCUUUUCUGGGGGAGGAAUGUGGGGGUGUGAGACCCUGAUCACUGUUUGGACUAUAGAAGGGAGGUUGAGAGUA